AUGCCAAUCUUGUACAAGUUCAUCAUUUGGAUCAUCACCGACCCUUCAAAUAUCAAGUUCUAUGUAACUCAUGCUUCCUUCACACAAUUCAACCUUACAACCAACAACACUUUAUACUACAACUUAAAGGUCAACAUCACAGUGAGAAGCCCCAACAAACACACCAUAGUGCACUAUAAGGAGAUCAAAGCAAAAGCAUGGUACAAAGACAAUGGUUUUGGUAAGGUAAACCUAACACCCUUUGAUCAAGGCCACAACAACACAACCUUCCCUAAAGUAGUGUUUGAAGGGCAUAAUGUGAUAAGGCUCAAACCUAAACAACUAGGUGAGUACAAAGAGGAGACAAGUGCUAGAGUUUAUGAUGACUUGGCUGUGGGUUUGGAUCUUACAAUCACAACCAAGAUUGUUGGAAUCGACAGCACUAAUUGGAAGCCAAUUUUGUUGCUCACUUCUUGUACUAGUCUCAAGAUUGUGCUUGAUGGCUACACUGCAAUUAAUGUUCAAUUUUAG